AUGCUUCGAUUGCAAUUCGCCUCGGCAGUCCGAACCGGUCUGACAGCGCGCCUCACAGCCCGAUCAGCGCCGCGGCCAGCCUCUAAACGGCUCUUAUCGACUGUUAUUCUGGAUAGACGAACCCGCCUGUGGAACCAAGAAAAGGAGCGCCAGUUCACAUCACCCAUCAUAACAAUCUCAGUAUCAUUAUCCGAUCUGGGAGUAGACCGCGAGGCCGUGGCCAAUGUGACCACGCCCCUUGACAUGGCGCGCAAAUACGCCCAAAAGACAGCCAAAAAGUACAUCGCCGCACUGAUCAACGAAAGCACGCCCUGGGAUAUGCAGCGGCCCUUGCCGAGAGACGCGAGGAGCUUGCGGUUUGUCGGGUUUGACAGCAACAGUGCGGUGUCGCAGGAGGUGUUCUGGCACUCGUCGGCGCAUGUCAUGGGCGCGGCUUUGGAGCAAAUAUACGGCGAUGAUCUGCUCUUGUGCGACGGCCCGGCGCUGGCCGAGGGAGGGUUCUUUUACGAAUUUCUGAGCGCUGCGGAUAUGGAAUCUGUGCAGAAGACGGCCAUGGAUAUUGUCAGCAAGAAAACUGAGUUUGAGCGCAUGGUUGUGGACUUUGACUUUGCGUGUGAGCUGUUUUUGGACAACCCAUUCAAGCUGCAUUUCCUCGACCGCGCUCGCGUAAACUCUCACAAGCAGCAGAAGGCUGCUGGAUCCUUGGCAUCGGCGGAUCGGGUUAGUCUGUACAAAUGCGGCAGCAUGAUUGAUCUGUGCCGCGGUCCACAUGUGGUUCACACGUCGCAGCUCCAGUCUUUCAUGAUCAACCGCGUGUCGUCGGCACAUUGGGUUGGGCACCUCAGCAAUGGCGUCAGCGAUGGCAAAGGUCAGAGCGCUGUGUCUCUUGCUGGAGAAUCGCAGCAGCAGAAACACCCCGUGCUCAACCGAGUCUAUGGCAUUUCGUUCCCGAGCCACGACAUGAUGAAGGACCACCAGAAGAGGCUCGAUGAGGCCGCAAAGCGGGACCACCGGACAAUUGGCAAGGAACAGAAGCUGUUCAUGAUGCACCCAUGGGCACCUGGCUCGGGAUUCAUCCUUCCCCAUGGCGUGCGGAUGGUCAACACAAUUCUGACAGAGAUCCGGCGAAAGUACGCCAAAUAUGGCUUUGACGAGGUGACCACGCCGCUGAUGUACAACCGCAAGCUGUGGGAGACCAGUGGUCACUGGGAGAAGUACCGCGACGACAUGUUUGGCAUCAGCUCGGGCAACGAAACACCCAGCGCAUAUCUGCUCAAGCCAAUGAACUGCCCCGGCCACUGCCUCAUUUUUGCCAGCGACCAGCGCUCUUACAGGGACCUGCCCAUCCGCUAUGCGGAUUUCAGCCCUCUGCACCGCAACGAGGUGGCUGGCGCGCUCUCGGGACUCACGCGCGUGCGCAAGUUCCACCAGGACGACGGUCAUAUUUUCUGCGAGCGGUCGCAGGUAUCGGGAGAGAUCGAGAGCUGCCUGAGGCUGAUUGGCGAGAUGUACAGCAUGUUUGGGUUUGCCUCGUAUGAGCUAGUUUUGUCGACCAGGCCGCAGAGCUACAUUGGCGAGGUUUCCGAGUGGGACGAGGCGGAGGCGGCGCUCAGAGCAGCGCUGGAUGGCAGUGGGCUGCCGUGGGCGGUGAACGAGGGUGAUGGCGCGUUCUACGGGCCCAAGAUUGACGUGCGCGUGCAGGACGCGCUGGGCCGCAAGCACCAGACUGCGACCAUUCAGCUUGAUUUCCAGCUGCCGCAGCGGUUCGAGCUCAAGUACACGGGUGCCGAUGGCCGGCAUCAUCGACCGGUUAUGAUCCACCGGGCGGUGCUGGGCAGCAUGGAGCGGAUGCUAGCUAUUUUGAUCGAGCACUGGGGCGGCAGGUGGCCGUUCUGGAUCAAUCCGCGCCAGGCCAUCGUUAUCCCCACGUCGACCGCUGCCGGCGCCGAAAAUAUCGUCGAGUAUGCGCAGAUGGUGCGCGACAUGCUGGCCAACGACAAGAACGCAGAGUCCGUUGAUAGCCACCGGUUCUUUGUAGACAUUGAUCUGUCGGGAAACACGCUCAACCGCGCCGUCAGGGAGGCGCAGUUGGCCCAGUACAGCUACAUUCUGGUGGUUGGCGAAAAGGAACUCCAAACGGGUACCAUUGACGUGCGCCCGCGCCAGGGCAGCCGUCUCGGCGCCAAGUCUGUUGCCGAGACUAAGGCCAUAUUCCAGGAUCUCAUAGAGACAUUCAAGUGA